AUGUCGUCUGUAAUGUCGAUGCCACCUUUGAGGGAGUUUGACGCUUUUCCAAAGACUCAAGCGAGUUACAAAAUAAGGUCAAAACAGGGUGGAAUCGCAACCGUUAUAGUCAUAUUUGCUUUAGUUUUAUUAGUAUUUCAUGAAAUUGGUGACUGGUUAUACGGCCACAAUGAAUAUCAAUUCAGUGUUGACACGACGACGGAGACAGAAAUGCAGUUAAACGUUGAUUUGACGGUAGCAAUGCCAUGUCAUUACCUCAAUGUUGAUAUCAGAGACGCUGUCGGCGAUAGACUCAAAUUGAGUGACAGCAUACAAAAAGAUGGCACAACGUUUGAACCAGAGAAGUAUCGCCAAAUUGGCUCAGCCAAACAGAGUACUUUGAGCAGGAUUGUUAAGGAUAGCAAGAAGGGUAGAAAAUGGUUUAGACCGACGAGUACCCGUAACCGCUUCCCAAAGACGAAGAAGUUGAUAAAGGAUGGUCCAGCUUGUAGAAUAUACGGCAGUGUAGAGACUAAGAAAGUCAAUGGAAAUAUGCACAUCACGACCCUUGGACAUGGAUAUAGUAGCUUGGAACAUACAGACCACAAGCUUAUGAACCUUUCGCACACGAUUGACGAAUUCUCAUUUGGUCAGCACUUCCCAUACAUUUCUCAACCACUCGAUAAGAGCGUUGAGAUAACAGACAAUCAUUUCCCAGUAUACCAAUACUUUAUGCACGUAGUACCAACAACAUAUGUUGAUGCAUCUGGACACUCGCUCUCUACGAAUCAGUACUCCGCUAGAGAGGAUAUUAAGUUUAUUCACAAUCAUCAGAGAGGUAUACCAGGUUUAUUCUUUAGAUAUGAACUUGAACCAAUCCAUUUGAGUUUAAGCGCAACUACGAUGUCAUUCACGAAGCUACUCAUAAGACUGACAGCGUUAAUUGGUGGAGUUUGGUGUUGUUCUGGAUUCGCUGUUCGUACAUUAGACAAGAUUCUUCCAAAACGCUUAAAACCACAUCCAAACAAACACGGGGAUAUGCACAUUCCAAUAACUUCACCAAAUGUUAACAUGCCUUCACCAAAGUUAUCACCUAACUUGUUUGGUGCGGCAAGCCUUCUUUCCACAUCACCACCACCACCUUACACAGUCAACAAUGGUAUGCUUUCACCGGGUGUAGCUAAUAGCAAUCAAGGACCAUUUAGGUUCUAA